AUGUGGAAUCCGUUCAAGAAGGCUCGCGGGACCAGCACGUCCGUCCCCGUGAACAAGGAUGGCAGGCAGAGGCAGAUUGAGCCCCUGCCAUUCUACGAGUGGGGGAAGCAUCAGCCCAGCUUUGGAAUGUCUCAGGUGUCUCUGCGCUUCAUCGAUCACUCAAACGUCUGGGAUGCUCGGCAGGACGUCAAGGCGUACCCGGAGUCGGCAGACAAGCGAGAGAUCUUGGCCGACUGCCUCAUGUAUCAGACCCUACACUGGCCAGAUGCGAAAACGGCCUUCUUCUUCCAUUCUGGAGACCUCGUUCGCGCAAUUGGCGAGGCAAUCUCGCUGACGCCCCCCAAUCAAGGGGCUCAGCUGCUUCGGCGGGAAAGCAAGCUGGCCAUGUGCUAUGAGAAGCGCUAUCGGCUGAAUGGAGACCGGGCCGACUUACGAUCCGGCAUCUCCCUGGCUGAACGUGUGGUGCGCCAGACACCCAGCUCGGAACCUGCGAAACCAGUCCGGCUCACGUGCCUCGCAAACCUAUAUGGCCAUCAAUUCGAGAGGGCUGGAAAUCCGAUGGAUGCCCGCAGCGCAGUCAAGUAUGCUGCUGAAGCAGUCGAGAUUGCCGAGGGACUGGAAUCAGGCGAUGAUGAUGCCGUAGCGCGACUCAGGCGGAAUCUCUCGGUUCAGUUGGAGAUGUGUGCGAACCGAACGGGGAGCCUGAGCGAUCUGGAGCACGCUAUCAAGGAGACGGAACAUGCGCUCGAGAUCUUGAGUGCCAGUAAUCCUGAUCGCCUGCUUUACAUCGCCGAGAUGGGAAACAUGCGUGUUAGGAAGUUCGAGAGGUCCAAGGAUUCCAACGACCUACAAAGCGGCAUAUCAGCCAUGGAACGCGCAGCUUCCCGCAUUCCGAAGCGCGACGCGAUGCUGCCAAGAGUGCUCGACAACCAGGCAAAUGGUUACCUCGUUCAAUACAAGUGUGAUGGGAAUAUGGAAUGCCUGACCCUGGCCCUAGAGACGGCCGAGGCUGCCCACAAAGCACAAUUUCUUCUUGAUCGAAACCACCCGCAGAUGGGGAGAUAUAUUAGCAGCGUGACCCAGUUAUACGCUCUUCGGGCUCAGAAAUCUGGCCGCCUGCGUGACGAGGGCAUGAUGGUGACCUUUGCCACAAACGCCGCGAAACGCCUUGAAUCUGGGCAUCCAGGCCAGGCUGAAGCCAUCGAAUGUCUGGGUGACGCGAUGGCUAUAGAGUUUAGCAGAGAGACUCGAGUGCCGUGGGAAGUGCGAGAAGAAUUCAAUCGUCUCCAACGUGAGCCUCAGGCGGGAAGAUCAGGGCCGAUAGAUAUACGCAGGAUCAACCAGACACGCACCAUUGUCCAGGUGGAAGAAACACCCUUCAAGGGCAUGAAUAAGGCGGAGCUCUACUAUCGUCAAGCGGCACAUCUUGAGAAUGGACAUCCCUUCACCAGGAUGCGUGCCUGCAAGAAACUCGGCGACUUGAGACUUAGAAACAGGGACUGGGAUGAGGCUGCAGACGCAUACGAGCUGGCCAUCAGUCUCUGGCCAAGGCUCAACCCACGGACGUUGGCAUGGGAGGAUAUGGAGUAUGUCAUCAGUAAGUUGUCUGGGUUGGGCCCUCUCGCGGCCACCUGUAUAUGCUUUUCUAACAAGCACGGGUCACCGUGGAGGGCUCUGCAGGCGUUGGAGUCUGGCCGCGGCAUCAUCGCCAGUUUGACCAUCGAGGUAUCAGAUCUGAAGAUGGAGAAUGGCGAGCUGUAUGAUCAGUAUAUGGAGCUGUGCUACAGGAUAUCUUGUCCACUGGUACCGAUCAGCAACGGCAGCUCCAAGGCCUCAAUGGCCGCUGCCAUAGCGCGCCGGAAUCAGCAGGUGGAGGAUCUCAAGUUGCUCGAGCGUAAGAUCCGCGACAUGCCGGGAUUUCAAAGAUUCCCGAGUACGAGCUUGGCCACCGACUUCACCGAGCUUGCUCGCGACGGCCCCAUCGUGUGUUUCAGCACACUUGGGGACCUUACAAAUGCGUUCCUCGUUAGUAGGCACCGAGUGGAAGUCAUUCCACUACACGACAUCACGCAGAAGGACCUCCAAGGUCACGUCAAUUUAUUGGUCCGAGGAAAGUCUCCCAAUCAAGGAGAUUCGACAGAGGAAGAUGAUGUAGAUUCAACGGAGGAAGAUGAAGUAGAUUCGAUCGAGGAAGAUGAUGUCGAUAAACGCAUAUCGGACACGUUGGAAUGGCUAUGGGACUUCGCGGUCAAGCCGGUGCUUCAACACCUGGGCCUUAUCAGCGAGACUCCUCCGGAGAGGCUUCCACGCAUUUGGUGGGUCACAAGCGGCCUCUUGGGUCUCCUGCCGCUCCACGCCGCUGGGAAGCAUUGGGACACUUCUAGAGAGAGUACCAUGGGCCAUGCGGUCUCCAGCUAUAUCCCAACCUUCAAAGCGCUGGCAUACCUCAGGAAAAAAAGGCCGAGGCCGCUGAAGGACCCGGGCACCGAGCUGCUCGUCGUGAGCAUGCCCGAGACGAAGGGUCUCGGGCCGUUGAAAGUCAAACCCGAGAUUAGAGGGGUGACUAGGAGCUUGGGGGUGAACCAGGUGAAGAGUUCGGUCCUAACCAACCCAUCUCGCGAGGAGGUGCUGGAGAAGUUGAAGUCGGCCACUAUCGCGCACUUUAUCUGCCACGGGAUUUCAGAGGCCGACAGCCCCUCGCAAAGCGGGCUGGAGCUGGAUGAUGGACGGCUGACGAUCCAAGAACUGGGCCAGCUAUCCCUCGACCAGGUGCAGAUCGCCUACCUCUCGGCAUGCUCGACGGCGCAAAACAAGUCGAGCACCAUCGUCGACGAAUCCAUCGCCGUGGCAAGUGCCUUCAGCUUGGUUGGAUUCCCCCACGUCAUUGGGACCCUGUGGGAGGCAAACGACAGGGUUGCAGUCAAGAUUGCCCCGAGAUUUUAUGACUUGCUCAACCAGAAGAUGCGCCAGGGCUUCAGCGAUGACGACGCUGUGGCACAUGCAAUGCAUCAUGCAACCACAAGUUUAUGGAAAAACAGGAUAAAUGGGCAGCAAAAAUUCAAUCUGUGGGUGCCAUUUAUCCAUAUCGGAGCCUGA